UAUAUCCACCCAGAUAUGUCAUUGAACAUAACUUUUUUGUUGACUGAUCUGUUUCUUUCGGUAAUCUCUAAUCUCUAAAGCCUUUCAAGUGCUUUAUCAAUACCAAUUUAGUGAAUUGCCUUUUUUGCAUUCUCGUUAGUCACUUUGAAGCAAAUUUAUUUUCGAAAGAUGUAUCCAAAUAAUCAGGCUCCUUAUCCUGGGCAAAUGCCUUUGUAUCCAGGACAGGGUCAAAUGCCUUCGUAUCCAGGACAGAAUCAAAUGCCUUCGUAUCCAGGACAGGGUCAAAUGUCUUCGUAUCCAGGACAGAAUCAAAUGCCUCCGUAUCCAGGACAGGGUCAAGUGCCUUCGUAUCCAGGACAGAAUCAAAUGCCUUCGUAUCCAGGACAGAAUCAAAUGCCUUCGUAUCCAGGACAGAAUCAAAUACCUCCGUAUCCAGGACAGGGUCAAACGAUGCCUUCGUAUCCCAGCCAAAAUCAAAUGCCAUCGUAUCCAGGUCAAAGUAUGCCAAAUUGUUAUCCUCCGAUGCCACAACCACAAUAUUCACCAUCGCAACAUGGUGGAUAUCCACCAAUGCCAAACAAUCCUGACACCAUUGAACGAGUCAACUACUCUGUACAACAAUCGGGAGUCAAUUAUAAUCCGCAUCAGCCGACAUCGGUGCCAAUGUCACGGCCAACACUCACCUUAGCUCCACAAUUCGAUGCAUCGAAUGACGCUGCAACUUUACGGAAGGCAAUGAAAGGAUUCGGCACCGAUGAAGAUGCCAUAAUCAGUGUAUUAUGCCGUCGUCCGUGCGUUCAACGAUUGGAAAUCGUCAAGGCCUACAAGACUGCAUACGGAAAGGAUUUGUUGACGGAUAUUAAGAAGGAGACCAGUGGCAAUUUCCAACGUUUGCUACUCGCUCUCCUAACGCCAAUGAUCCAAUACUAUUGUCAGGAGCUGAGUGAAGCGAUGCGGGGUGAAGGAACGGAUGAAGAUGCCCUAAUUGAAAUACUGUGCGGUGGUCUACCGAACCGAAUACUUCACAUGAUAACCGCUGAAUACAAACGAUUGUACGGUAGCCAUUUGGAGGAUUCAUUGAAAAGUGAGACCAGCUUCAGUUUCAAACGAUUGCUGGUCUCCUGUUCAACCGGCAAUCGUGACGAGUCGACGGUUACCGACAUUAAUGCAGCCCGCGGAGACGCUCAAUUGCUGGUGAAUGCUGGAACGGCACGAUGGGGAACGGAUGAGAGUGAAUUCAAUCGUAUUCUCUGUACGAGAAACUUUGCCCAAUUGAAGUUGAUUGCGGCAGAGUACGAAAAGUUGACGGGUAAUACGUUGGAGAAGGACAUCAAGAAGGAAUUCAGUGGCGACGUAGAAGAUGGUAUGCUGGCAAUUCUACGAUGUGCAUUGGAUCGCUCGCAAUACUUUGCAAAGUGUUUGCAUAAGGCAGUUGCCGGAUUGGGCACGGAUGAUCGUGCGUUGAUUCGGCUGUGUGUAACGCGCUGUGAAAUUGACAUGAUGGACAUCAAGGAAGAAUACGAGAGGAAGUACAAGGAGUCAUUGAAAGCGGCAGUUAAGGGUGAUACUUCGGGUCAUUACAGACACGGUCUGUAUGCAUUGAUUGGCGAAUACUGAUCUGGCUGAAAAUGGUUGUCAAAUUUAUAAAAAAAAUCUUUUUUAAUCUCUCUCUCUCUCUCUCUCAAAGAGUUUCUUU